UAAUUAUUAUUAUUAUUUGGUUGGUAAUGAUUUUGAGGGUUAAUUAUGGGGUAAAUUAGGUGGGGUCGGUUUGAUUUUAAAAAUUCAACAAACCACCUGGGGUUGUUGAUUAGGAUUGCUUUUAAAAGGGUGUAAGAGAUAAAUGAUAAAAUGUGGUUGUAAUCAAUUUAUUUUGAAGUGAAGUGAGUAGAGCGGAGUAUCGAACGGUUUUUAAGGUCGCACAUGCGCCCCUUGGGGUCGGGUUCUGUGUGUGUCCUGAAGUCCGGAGUGGUAGCGAAAUCCGGGAUAUCUAUGUCGUGCACCGAUACAUAUCACACAUUGUCGCAGAUAGCAUUAUGGUUGAUUCAUCGUAUGUAGUAAAGGACUAUCGGAAAUCACUAGUGCUUUACUUUUGCCUAAAACGCUCUCCCGUAAAUUUGUGGUCCAAAUAUUUGCCAUCCUGGCUCCAGAAGUUCCCAAUAUUCAAACGUCAAGCAACAUCCCAGUGCUCUCAAGAUCCAAUAGCAGGGGAAGAGAAAGUGGUAAACAACAACAACAACCAAUUCAAACAACACCGCCAAUUCAUUCCUCAUUCGAUACUAUAUACAGUCAUCUUAAAGCAACAAAAACUGCACUUGUCGAACAACAAUCAGCAUCGUUUGAGAGCUACCGAAAAAAAUACACAUUUCAAAAUAACGACGAAGAUGAAACUGGACGAGCAUCUUCCUUCAGGAGACGAUACAGUUUUAGAUUCGAAAUUGAUGAAGACGACAGUAAUCAACAACAACAACAAUCGUUGCGAUACAAGGAAAAAAGUCCGUCCCAGCUUUUGGAGUCACCUAGGAAAGACGAUAUCCCCGAAUACAAGCCUAAAUACAAUUGGAAUGAAACGAAAUCCUUCGAGGAAAUUUCCACGGACUAUUUAUCCCUUUCAUUAUCUCCUCCAGGAGAACCUCAGGACGACAUCCUACCCAUCCUCGAAAGCCCAUCACUGUAAGUACAAUUUCAACAGGUUUCACACCAAGAUUUUUUCAGCCUUGUUGAUGUACUCAUAGAGCCCUUUAUAAUUUACACAGCCACAUGCAACAGCUGUGGUAUACAUAUUUUAAAGUUUCUUUUGUAUUCAAUAUCGAUCCCAUUUACUGUUCAGACACAAUUAAACACGUUUUAUUGGAAAAUAUUUGUUUUCAACAUUCACAUUAUAUGCCGCUGUAAAAUUUUACGGCUUCCUCAUACUUCAUACCGACUUUAUGAAUAAUAAAAAUAUUAGUCAACAACUUUCAACUUUAAUUAAAAUAUAUUGAUAUACAUUUUUCCGUUAUAGAUCAUAUAGAGUUAUUUAUAUUUAGCACACACAAACCAAAGUUUGUUAUGCAAUGUACUAUGCCAACUUAUUUUAUGAACCCAAAAAAGUUUACAAAUAUUUUCGAGAAAUUAGUUAUUUGUGAUUGUGAAAAACUACGAAAACUUCGUGUACCUAUGUUUGUUAGUUCUUGUAAAUGCAGUGUAAACACACUAAAAUGUUGUUCGUAUAAAAUAGUCUAAAAAUAAUUUUCUUAUGCUUUAAGAGUUCAGCUAUUCCCGCCAAUUUGAACAAUUUUAAAAUAAUGGAACCCGAUUUUAAUUUUGUUUGUUACUUAAAUGAAACCAAAGUGUGCAAUACAGUUAAUCUAAUUGAAAAUAAUGAUAUCGCGAUUAUUAUUUUAGCACAUUUAUUAUUACCUUUCUCGCUAUUGCUUUUUUCGCGAAUAUUUCGAAGGAAAAAGCUUGUUGUUGUCUUAACAGAGUCAACACAGGUUGAAACAAACGACGUCCCCGAUCAAAUAACUCCGAUAUUUUUUGCGAUUACAAAUUACAAAAGUGCCUCAUGUUUCUCUUUGACAUUCACGCCUGUUAAAGGAAUUGACCAGAUUGACGAGACUAUAAUAAAGAAAAUUCAAUACGUAGAAAAUAGGGAAUCUCAAGAGAGCGACUCUGACUAUGGAAAUGGUGGAUAUAUGCCUGUGCAUCCGGGUGAUAUUUUAGAUGGAUGUUGGAAAGUUUGUAGAAAAUUAGGAUUUGGACAUUUUUCCACUGUUUGGUUGUGUAAAAAUAAAUUUAACAUAGAACCUAAGUAUGUGGCAAUUAAGAUUUGUAAGUCGGCACUGAUGUUCUCUGCGGUGGCACAAGACGAAAUAAGACUGCUAAUGCAUACUAAACAAGUGAAUAACGAUCACCCAGGUUUUCAUAAAAUCGUUCAAAUGAUCGAUACAUUUAGGUUAACCGCCGAUAAUGGCGUACAUACUGCCAUAGCAUUAGAAAGCAUGGGACCAUCUUUACUGCAUUUAAUAAUUCAAAGCGAAUUCAGGGGUAUCCAGGUACCAGGUGUCAAACGUAUUAUACAACAGGUUUUAUUAGGUUUAACCUAUUUACACGAUGAAUGUAAUAUAAUACAUACAGACAUUAAGCCAGAAAAUAUAUUAAUUAAGGUUAAGGAGUCCUAUAUUGAGGAGAUGGCGGAACGGGCCGAGAGAUUCACUGAACUAGGAAUCCCGAUGCCCAAAUCCUACAUCUCUUCAGAAAGAUGGAUUGGACCCGACGAGGAGGAGGACGUUAAUGAUGAAAUUUGUUCCAAAAUCGAGGGACAAAGAGCAUCUUCAUAUCCAAACGACGUGUUUUUAUCAGAUUUAGUGAAUUUUAGACAGCGCCAUGCUGAACCGAGAUUCAGAUCGCCAAUGUGGAUUGGAAAUAGUAUAGAAGUUAAAAUAGCUGAUAUGGGAAACGCUUGCUGGGAGAACAAUCAUUUUUCUCCGGAAAUCCAAACCAGACAAUAUCGUGCCUUGGAAGUGAUAAUGCAGUCAGGUUAUGGUUACCCGGCCGAUAUAUGGUCGGUUGGCUGCCUUGCAUUUGAAAUGGCCACUGGUGAAAUGCUUUUUAACCCGAAGGGCAAAUCAAGCCAUUCCAUUAAUAUCGACCAUCUUAGUUUAAUUUGGGAGGUAUUGGGCGGCAUUCCUAGAUACAUUACUGAAACUGGAACUGAAGCCAAAGUUUACUUUACCGAAGGAAAACUGAAGCAUGUUCCUGAUGACGAGUUGAAAAUAUGGAAGAUUGAGGAUGUCCUGGUGGAGAAAUACAAGUGGAAGAAAGUGAACGCGAUACCGUUUGCCAGUUUUAUAGAAUGUUUGAUUGAACCUGAUCCCGCUCUUCGUUUGACUGCCGAAAUUGCCAUGCAGAACGAAUGGUUGAAUGAAGUUUAAUAAUUUCCAAAGUUCUGAUAUAUUUCAAGACUGAAGUUGCGUUAAUUCAUUGUAUAUUUUUCUUCCAUUUUUGUUUUCGAUAUACCCAUUACAUCCACUAUUAUGUUUCCAAUAAACCUUAUUAAUAUCUACUGUUGAGCUUUUUUUAUAAGAAUAAAUAUAUGAUCAUAGAACAAAUAUACAAUCAGUGUUUUAAUAUGUGUUUUAUUUAUUUCUGGGUUUGGAGAAAAUAAAAAACAAAAAAAAUGUUAACUUAUAUAUUGAACACAUUAAUCUUUAACAUGUUAUAUUAUGAAAAACGUAAUCACAUUAUAUAACUGAGGUAACAGUAUACAACAAAAAAUAAUAAUGUCACUUUUGAUUUUUUUUGAAUAACCUAGAUAACGCGUGAUUACCUAAAGGUUCAUUUUGCAAAGAUAAAAUAAAUAAUGAAUAAAAAAAUAAAUAAUUAUAUGAAUUUCGAUUUUUUAUAUAUUUCAGUCAUAGUUGGAUAGUUAGUUAAAUGCUUUUACAAUUAGUAUGGUGAAAUAUUAAAAAAAUAAUUUACAUACAUACAUAAUUGAACCAAAAAACUUAAUCCAACUGAACUCUCUUACUUAUGAAUUGCUGAAUUCUCUGAAUGAACAUGGGAUUUGUUCUUAACACUACGUUGUUUACUAAACGAAGACCUGCCCAAAGAAGUGGAGCUGCCGCCUUCCAAAUCUCUGGUAAUCUCCUUUUCCGUUGGCGAACCCAACGUGAGACUCGAUAGACUAGAUGAUAAUAUGUUUGAACUAACACUUAACAAUGAAGGAAAAUGCUGAACGUGUUCCACUACAUCUCCACCUCCCUCAGUAUCCUCAAUCGGAAGACAUGUCUCAACCAUUGCCUCCAAACAAUUCACGAACAACUCGCUGCUCUCUGCCGUAUUGUUAUACUAAAAAAUAUGUCAUCACAAAACCAUUAUUCCACCAAGUGUCCUGCAUACCUUAUUGAAGGGCCCUGCAAAUCUCCAUAAGCCCCCGAAACCACAACUUUGCAGAUAGUGAAGCUGCUGUUGACUAGUAUCCUCGCAUGCAAUCAUGUUUUGAAUAAUAUUCCUAACUGAAUUUAAAAUAACUUGGUCGUGGCAAGUUGUAAGAACGUUAUUUAUCUUCAUAUCCAACAAAUUAUAUCUGAAAAACCUCAAUAAUAAUCUUGAUGAAGAUGAAGAGUUGUGGACUUACAUAACUGGAAAAACUUUGGGAAAAACGACAGCACCUUCAGCGAGGUACUGAUACAAAAUCCUGGUUUCCGAUUCGUCAGUACUAUAUUUAACCAAUGUGGCUAGCACAGUCAAAACUAACGCUUGAGUAUUAAAAUCGGUUAAAACUUCAGCGUCCAAGAGAACGUUGUUUUCAUUGCUAACGGAUACUCUUGUGGAGCGGUUCUAAAAAAAUCACUUCUAAGUAAAGUCGCCUUAAAUGGUAAAGCAACAAAAUCAGGCAACACAACAUACACGACACACAAUGCAAACAACAUGCUAGAAAAAGACCUUCACGCACUUUCACACUUGUGGCCGCAUUCAGAAAGAGUGUCAAAACCCAGGAAAAUACCCAAGCACAUUAUACGUGAAAUAAAUUAAGCUAAAGAUACAAACAAUUCUGCUUAGUAUGUGAAAUUACAUUAUAAGUCAUUUCAUAUAAAAUGACUUAUGUAGAGUGUGAGUGUAAUGUACAAUACAGGGCAGUAAUGUCAGAUUAUAUCACAGCAUUAUCAGAAAUAAAGUUACCUUCAAAGCCGUCACACAGGCAUUUUUGAUACAGUGUGUCUCAUGUAUAGAGGGGACAAACUGUAUACAUAUAGCAAAAGCGUUAUAUAAUAUUAAGAAAUAAAAUAAUACAUAGAUAGAUGAAGUCACUAUGAUAGAUAUGAUAAAUAAUAAAAAAAUAGGGACAUACUGAGAAAUUCUGUUAUAUAAAUAUAUAUAUAAUUAAAUAAAACUGCGUUGCGCAGAUGGACUCUUACUUUAGCAGGACCCAUAGGCAGACUUUGGUUUUGACAAUCACUGUUAUUUACUGUAUGGUUUGAUAUUGUUGGCGGAUUCUGGGGUACUGGGACUGAGCUAGACCGUUGGGUGCGAUACAGAGGCCGGGUUAUAGCACCAUUUGCCUGAACACCCGGGCUCUGGGUCAAAUCUAGACUGCGCCAGCCCUUACCGGCUGCCGAAUUGGAAUGCGGGUUGUCUACCUAGUUUGUGAUUUGCCAUUUUUCAUUAUGUUACACAUUUCAGUUUAAUCAAACACUUAACAAACACUUAAUAGGGGCGUUUUUAACGAGAAGAUUUUUCAACGGACAAAUACAAAUAAACUGAUAGGUUAUCUGUAAUUUGUGUUGUAAAAUCUCUAAUCUAAAAACACUCCUCACAGGGUGGCACCCGGACUAUACCCAUUUUCAAAUAAUCAGUAUGCCAUUUCUGUGUAGCAAAAAUCAUAUCUUUCCUCAUAUCAAUCAACUAAUUGGGCUCCUCAAUCUUCAGAUCUCAGUAUAUGCGAUUUUAUUUAUGGAAGAGAUGAUAUAAAAUGUCUUUAACUACUGGACAUAUUAAAAAACCAGUAAAGAAACAAAAUUCUACCGAUUAUUUAAAAAAAUGUAUAGUUCAGCUGGUCACACUUUACCUAAUAAUGCCAAGUUCUGUCCCUGAGAAAAGGCAUGGCAAUACUAGGUAUAUUAUUCUAAAACACGUCUGCUGCCAACAAUUUUUUAUACAUAUAUAUGUAUACCGUAUUACAUAAAUAAACUUGAAAUUUCAAUUUAAACAGUCAAGUGAUAGCAAACGUGUUAAGGGUCUGAUUGUAUGUAUACUUCAUAAAUCCACAUCUACAUACACUCAGUAUAAAUAAAUGCAUCGAUACCAGAUGAUUAUUUUGUAAGUUAGUAACAUCUUACCCAGCAUACAAAAAACAAUGUUAAUAAAUAUAAAUGGAAUCAUCCAAAAAUCGCUUUAAAUUUUGCCUUUUAGGAAAAACACCAAUUAGUAACCCUUAUACCGUAUUUUCAUUUUUGGUGUAAACAGCUGACGCAGCAUUCGGUUUUUAAGAGGGGGGAAAAAUUCGACACGUUGAUAUUCAGCCGCCCUCUCACUGGCGCUUGGUAAUAGUUGUGCAUUUUUAAAACGCAUUGCGUUAAUUCGGUCAUUAAUUAAUCUUUUAAAUCGUUAUUUGUUUUUCUUUUAACUUAAAGGUGUGUUUUCUUAUAAAAACGUUUAAACAUAAAACAAUUCUCUUGAAAUCAAACUAAAAAUUGCUUGAAGCCUUCAAAGUUGUCGUCAACGCUGCAAAAUACCCCCACUCUUUUAAUGCGUUCGAAUGCACCCGGCACUGUAUACUUUAAGCGUGAAAAUACGGUACACAAAUAGCGUGAAAAUACGGUAUACAAAAUGUCAUACAAAAUAGUAAGUCUUAUGCUUAUCCCAUCCUCUCCUUGAAUAAAUCUUAAUUGUAUAUCAUUGUUGAGAUUUUGUAUAUUCUAAAAAUUUUCCUACACAGCCUUAUAAAAAUGAGCGUAUGUAUACUACAUGAUAUGAAUUUAUGUAGCACUAACUAUAAUGAUAUGGAUGUUAUAAAAUAAUAUAAAGAAAUGUCACGUGCAUUUCUUGUUCUACCACUACAAUUUGAUACCACCAUAAAAAUGUGGAUAAUCUAUGUUUGAUAUAGCAAGCUAAAAGUGUAUUUGUCAUACCUGGUGAUUGGGGGGCGGUUUGAUGGCACGUGCCUGCGACAUCGCAGAUUGAUCCAAAAUGUCCCAGGAUUUUUGGCGACGAUUCACGCUGACUUGACUGGACCCGGUCGACGUGGACAACGAGUUGUUACUGGUAGUUUGUUGACUCAACAAACUUCUCCCUGGAAAGUUGUCUUGCGAUAUGGAAUCCGACAUAAACCUCGGAAGAGAGUGCUUAAUGUGGCAACGAUUUCUCACUUCUUCCGAAAAACCGACCAAAGCUAAAACAUACAUCAUUUACACAACAUAUAUACCUACAUAGAAAGAUGUGUGUACCUGUUAGAUAUGCAACACUUUCAGGGGUAACUUCGAACUUGUCCCGUUUAGACGGUUUGGCCACAAUGUUGAGCAACAUCGUCAAGACGCGUCCAGUUCUCGACACUGUGGUGGGAGUAGGAUGCCGGUAACCCUUGAGCAAAUGUCCCACCAAAGCGAAAUGAAAGUUGGCCUUGAAACUUAAACCAACCGCGUGAUCGAGUUGCUUGAAAUGCCACUCCAAGGGUUCUCUGGUGGACAUCAUAACACUCUCCAAUCCAACUAUGUUGGAUUGUAUGUUAGGGUUGGUGUUGUUGCGUAAGUCUGAUCUAUCGUCGAACAUCCCUUGGCAAUCCAGAGUGUGUAAGUUUUGUUCCAAUAGCGCCAAUCCGGACGCGUAUAGGGAAACUUCGUCCAAUUGCAGGACAGAUGUCGCCACCCAGAAUAAAGCUUUAUGUAUUGGAGACUCGCUGCGUAGAAGGGGCUGCAAUCUGGUCAAACACAUGACCAAAGCCUCGAUAAGAACAAUAUCGUUAUAACUUUCCAGUGCUUUAACCAAUAUUCUCAGCAAUUGUUUCAUAUCGUGAUCUGUAAUGCUUUUGCUGAUGCAGCCGAAUACUAUCAACGCUCUUGGCUGUAACGCUGGGUUGAAACAGAAAGCGAAACUUUUCGCCAGGCUUGUCCAGUUUAUAAGCCACUCGCAAUUAGGUAUGUCCCGCAUACAAGCCUCCAUUAUUUCCAGUAGCGCGUCAGUAAUCACUUCUAAUGAGGUUAGCGAUAGGCGUUCUCUAUCGGUGGAUGUCGCCCCAGAAAAGCUCCGUUCAUUCCCAAACCAACGUUCGUUCGGGUGUCUGUAACUCGACCUGAAAGCGGUCUGCGCAGCCGAUUUAACCUUACUAAUACCAAACAACAAAUAAAAUUUCGGCAGCGAAAAUUCAUCCAAACUCAAACGCAACACGCGCUGCGUAUCCUCCGAAAACGACGGCAUGGUACAGGUACACAAAGAAUGGAUGAUGUUGAUCACUAAGCCAUGCGUGGCGGCGCGCAUGCUCAAAGACCCCGAGCACACCAAAAACGUGACCGUGUGGAACAAGUAGGGCAAAUGGCGCGCCACAUCCAGGCAAUUGUUGAACGACAACAUAAGCAAGUAUCGCGCCAAUAUCGCUAUAUCGUCCCACAUCAUGUGCUGCUCCAGCAAGGGCGUCGGCGACUGACACGUUUUGUCCACCACCUAAAACAAUAACAAUGAUAUUCUUUCAACACUGGGAAAACUGAACCAAAUCGUACUCUGCACAAUCUUCCAAUCACUUUUUUGGCGACAAGCUGAACGUUAGCUGAAGCUAAUGCUACAGCUGUGUCAGCCAUUAUUUCCACCAUGGGGGAUCCCAAUCCGGAAUUAACCGAUCUAUGUAUAAAAUUAUCUAAAACCAUAUCAAUUAGUUCAGGUACUUGGCCAAUGGAGCCCCAAAUCUUCGCUUGAAUCGAAGGAUACAUCUGCACUUCUUCAAUCGUUAAUACUAUAAGUCUUUCGAGAAUUUGUGCGACUUGCUUUUGUCGUUUUUCUUCGUUUGGCUUUACAAACCU